CCCGCCCGAGUCCGGCCGGACCGGGGUCCCCGCACGGGCCUCGGACGCCUGCGCCCCGCCCCCACCGGUGCCCCGCGACCGCACGCCCGGGCCCCGCCCCGGCCCCGCCCCCGGCCCGCCCCGCUAUUCUGGCCGGUGGGCCAUGCAGGGGAGGCUGCCGGCGGGUAGGGGCGGCGCGGGGUCGCAGGGAGCCGGGCUCGUCCGCACCACGUGCAGCAGCGGUGGCGGGUCCGGGGCCGGCGCCGGGCAGCCCGGCGCGAGGCCCUCGGAGGGGCCGCUGGACCCCGUCUACCCCCGCACUUAUGGGGCCCUGCUGAAAGUGGCGCAGAUGGUCACUCUGCUGAUCGCCUUCAUCUGCGUGAGGAGUUCUGUGUGGACCAGGUACAGUGCCUACAGCUACUUUGAAGUGGUCACCAUCUGCAACUUGAUAAUGAUCCUCGUCUUUUACCUGGUGCAUCUCUUCCGUCUCUACCGCGUGCUCACCUGCAUCAGCUGGCCCCUGUCGGAACUUCUGCACUAUUUAAUCGGUACCCUGCUCCUCCUAAUCGCCUCCAUUGUGGCAGCCUCCAAGAGUUACAGCCAGAGCGGACUGGUAGCUGGAGCGAUCUUCGGUUUCGUGGCCACCUUCCUCUGCCUGGCGAGCAUAUGGCUGUCCUACAAGAUCUCGUGUGUGACCCAGUCAACAGAUGCCGCUGUCUGAGGACACCCUGUGCCCCGGCCCGAGGCAGGCCCUGAGACGGGAGCAUCGGGGGGCCGGCGCCCAGGACGGGCUUCUGAACCUCUGCUCCUGUGCCAAAGCCCUGCCCACACUGCUGGGCACAAGAGGGGCCCUCGGCGUCCUCCUGGGCUCCUGAGCCGCUCUCAGCCUUUCUGGUCUUCCUUGGAGAAUAGUCCUCGCCGCCUGGGAACGAAAGCAGCCUCCAGGGAAAUCUGGUCUCUUCCUCCUGCUCUUAGAACCAACUGUCUCAGGGACUGAUGACCCCACUUACCUACCACAGCGGAGGGUUUCUGAAUACUCCUGCCUAAAUCUGCUUCUACUCCACAUUCCUCAGGGGGAUGAAGCUGCCUUAAGUCCUCUUAUAGAAACAAAGCUCUCUCUGGGGCACCAGGGUGGCUCAGUCGGUUAAGUUUCCCACUUCGGCCCAGGUCAUGAUCUCACGGUUCAAAAGUUCGAGCCCCGUGUCGGGCUCUGUGCUGACAGCUCGGAGCCUGGAACCUGCUUC